AUACAAAUUGGUUAAUAACUAUUUAUUUAUAUCAUUACCUCUUGACUCGGCCAUCAGCGCCACUACCAUCAGCCUCAGCCUUCUGCGACGCCUUUUCGAUGAACUCAGUAAUGCGAUUCGGGUAACGCAUAAAAUUUUCCUUCCAAGUGUACGCGUCACUUGCCCCUGCAAACAUUCAAUUUACAAAAAAAAAGUCGCAUCAAUAAAAAAUAAAUAAAAACUAACUUCCAAUGUAAAUCAUCAUCUCCUCCUCAUCAUCUUCAGGUCUAAUUAAUCCACCAAUAAAUCCAUUCAUAGCAGGUCGAACAAACAGACUGCAUUUAUCAUUGCAGGUAACCGCAAAUGGAUAAUUCUGCAAUGGCAAAUAACCUAAUUAAUUCUAAAAUACAGUACAAAAUGCUAAAAAUCAAAUCUAUCUACAUAAUCAAAACUAUCCACGAUCAAUAAAUAAAUGCUACGCUUUUCAUUAGACAUCUAUAUUUCCUGCUUACCAUGAUUGAAUCUAUUCUGCUUAUUGGUUUGCUCAUCUCUUAAUAUCGUAGUUUCUCUAGGGAUAUACAAUUCUUCUCGCCUAAUAAUCAAGGAUUAGGAUUCAAAAUCAGUCUCGUUCAACCCGUACAACGUUCUCUUGCUGAUAAUGUGAGUGUAACUGCAUAGCAAUGGCGGAAAAAACAAAACACACGCGUUAUCCAUACAACUACGAAAAUCAGUUUAAUUAUAAUCACAGUGCUUAGCCACAAUUAAAUUGAUUUCUAUUUCAAGGGUGUCAAUAUAUUAUUCAGCAGACGGUAAUUAUUGCCCAACACUAGUGAAAAAAUUAUUAAUGCAAAAUUUUAACUCGCAUUCACAAUUAUUUUUAAACACUAAAAGUUGUCCCGCCAAAUUCAGCCGACGCGCGAAAUUGAUAUUGGCGCCAACACCACCACACACCGCUCGCAGCACUCACUCAACAGCUCAACACACACUUUUGCUUGUUACGCUCAUCCAGCAACAACAUCUUUACUAGCUGCGCAUAAAUUGUGAGUAAUUUUUCUAGAAUAUAUUAUUGCAUGUUCAAUUAAUUCUUAACACACAAUUACGAUUUCGGUUUCUUAUAUUACAAUAACACUUCCAUUUAUUGAUUUGGACAUCCCGAUUAGAUAAAUGCAUUAUUUCAACAUUUAUGUAAUUAUGUACAUAACAUGCAUUAUACGCUAAAUUAUGUAUGAAUAUUACUUCUUACUCACGGGGUGUAAUGUUCACUGUUACUUAAACCUAUAUCUGGCAUUGCAUUUACUUCAAUUCAAUUCUGAUUAUUUUCAAACAUUUAAUUCACGAGUUUUAUUAAAAUCAUAAAUUAAAUUUUCAUUCAUAUUAUAUAACAUACAAUUUCUUGAUUCACAACAAAAAGCAACGCUUGCAGCAUUACACACCCCGAAAGUAAAUAAUAAUGCGCUUAAAACUUUGAUAAAAACACUAAUACAUAAAUAUGUUACAUCCAUUUGACUCACAACUAAUAUCUCCAUCAUGCAAAUUCAAUUUCUGACAAUUUUUACAGCCUACUUUUCAAACUGUGGCCACAUAUUAUGUCCGGGAUGCAAGAUAACAACACCUCCAACAGUGCCAAAACACCAUCCAGACAUAGCAUCGGCUCCUGGCAUGAUGACUGGAGUGAGGAAAUGAAACAACACGUUGACUAUGAGUAUCUGCGGCGGGGCCUCAGAGAACCUCUGGGUAAAGGCUCGACAGUCACAGUAAAUUACUCAGGCAACCCUUUGGUCGCCACCAGCAUUGAACUUACAGGAGUGACUCAUUCCAGUCAGCAUCAGCAGACAGAGCUGUGCGCAUCUGCAGCUGAAUCCAUCGCUAAAUCCAAGCACACCAUUUCCAAAAUCAUCCGGCAUAUGCAUCGCAUCGAGCACGACCUUUGCCUGACUCAGAGGGAGCUGAUCCGGGCUGCAGAUGAGGAAUCUCGCACCGUGAAUGCCACAGAGGCCAUCAACAAAAUGCUUGAGGACCUUCUGCUGCAGCGAAAAAAAAUCAAUGGACAAAUUGAUAAUGCAGUAGAUGCUGCGACUCGUCUUGAGCGCAUCAUUGCCUCAUUGUCAGAGCCCAAAGCAAAGGCAGUCCAUCAAAAAGCCAAAAUUUAAGAUUCAUUUUAAGUUUUUCAAGUGCCACUGCUGGCAGUUUAUAUGAGUUUGUAAUAACAGUUUAUUCGUCUUUCUCGGGCUGACGCAAAUGUAUUUUUUUUUAGAUAUUACCCGACUGCUUGUCAAAACAAUCCUUUGUAAUUUUUUUUUCAUAGUAAUUUUGUCUAAACAGCUUUUUCUAAUUUUCUACAAUUUCUUGACUAAAACGACAUCCCGUCUGAUGUAACAUCGAUUAUUUUGCAUUAAAAAUAUUUUUUGUAAACACAAUUUUCUUCACACCCUGUUUAAUUAAUAUUUAAACCGACAAUUUUUAAUUCAAUCGUGUCCGAAAAACUAUACGGCACACGAUUGUCAUCAAAACAAUAAAAUUUAUUACACUUUCACAGUUCUUAGCUCCUAUUAAGGCAUUACGUAAUUUUGUCAAGACACAAUCUAAUUACUUUUACAGCAUUACCUUCAUUAGAAUAUCAACCCUCAACUAGCAACAAUCAAUCACUGAUUUAUUGUCACAUAACUAUUUCUUUUGCCACCUAAUUUGACCAUUACAGAUUCAAUUCAUCUCUAAUGACGCGAUUUCUAGCAUAAUGAUUUGGUUCAACACAAUUUUUUUAAAUAAUAGUCAUUGCUUCAACAAUUAAAAAGCAUUAUAAACGUUAAAAAAUAAUAAUAAAACACGCUAUUAUUUGCAAUCAAUUCACUGGUUUUUCCCCAAAUCUUACAGUCUAAACACAUCCCGCCCAAAUUCAAGCUUCGCGCGCGAUUUUGAUUGGUCCUAAAAAUAACGCUCCAUCCAUAAAGCCUCCACGCCCACACAGCACCACAGCAACACACAGCACCAGAACCGCAUGCCGCUAACAAACAGUUAAUCCAAUCGCAUCCGCCAGAACGACAAGAACUCCAUGUAAGUUAUUAUCAAAUUACGCUUUUCAAUAUGGAACAAACACAACUUAUUUGAUAUUGCAUUA